AUGGAAUACUGCAGACCGCCAAUGGGCCUGAGUUUCGUCGGAAAUGUAGCGGAUAAUUGGCGAAAAUUUAAACAACAGUUUUGCAUUUAUAUGACGGCGGCCGGAAAUGAAGAAAAGAAAUCUGAAGUAAAAGUAGCCAUGCUACUAAAUGCAAUUGGUGAAGAAGGCAUAGAGAUUUUUAAUACCUUUGAUUUGUCAGAUGAAGACAAACAAGAUUAUGAAAAGGUUAUUGAGGCGUUUGAGCUAUAUGCAACACCAAAAAAGAAUGUGGUAGUUGAAAGGUUUAUAUUUAACAAUCGAGUUCAAGGACAAGGUGAAAAUUUUGAGUCCUUUUAUACCGAUUUAAGAAAAUUAGUUAAGUCGUGCGAGUUUGGCGAUCAAGUAGAUAGUGUUGUUCGUGACCGCAUAGUCCUAGGUAUCGCACACAGAGGUUUGCAGGAAAGAUUACUGCAAGAGGGUGAACUUUCACUAUUCCGGGCUGCAGAACUUUGUCGAUCUGCUGAAUUGAGUAGGACACAAGCUCAAACAAUUCAAGCUAAAAAUGUUGAUACAAUGAAGCGAUUUUCUCUGCGAUCAUCUAGAAAUCAAGAGAAAGAUUAUAAUACACAGCAAAGUUCAGCUGAUGCUAGGCCUUCCAAUAAUGAAUUCUCAAGUGAAUCCGGUUGUGUGACUUUCCAGUGCAAGAAAUGUAAUCGUAAACAUAAGAGGUCUGAAUGUCCGGCUUAUGGAAAACACUGCUAUCGUUGUGGAAACCUUAACCAUUUCUCUUCAGUUUGCAAGUCUCGAAAUAUUAGAGAAAUUUCCUACUCAGAGCCAGAGAGUAGCACCAACGAGAGACAAGAUAACAAUACUGACAUUUAUGUAGAAUCUGUUACUGUAUGCCAAAUAGGUAAUGUGGAUUAUCUGCCAACUGAAUGGACCAAAAACAUUUGCAUUUGUGAUAAAGAAAUAAGUUUUAAAUUAGAUACGGGUGCACAGAUAAGUGUUUUACAGGAGGAUAUAUUUUUAUCGAUAGGUAAAAAUUUGAAGUAUGAUAAAACCAGUAUUGUAUUAGAGGCUUAUGGGGGUCAGAGAUUUAAGCCCUUGGGUGAGAUAAAAUUAUUAUGCUUUGUGGGUGAUAAGCAAGCAAUUAUAGAUUUUGUUAUUGUUAAUAAUAGAUCAAAACCAUUACUUGGAUUAGAUGGGUGUAUAAAACUAAACUUAUUGAAAAUUGUUGAGGAUAAUUUCAAGCGUUAUGAUAAUUUGAAUUGUGAAAAAAUAAUGUCAUGUGAUGUUAAACCAGUCAAAUUGCACGAAGGGUUAAAUAGUGCUAGUUAUGGCAAUGAUGUCGAAGAGUUUAUUCGAAGGAACUCAAAUGUAUUUGAAGGAGUGGGAAAAUUUGGUAAAUGCAGUAUUAAAUUAAAAGAAAAUUAUUCUCCAAUAGCUCGUCCUCCACGACGAGUACCCACUUCAUUGCGUCCGAAACUUGAAAUGAAAUUGAUAGAAUUGGAAAACCAAAAUAUUAUUGAAAAAGUAGAGAAUCCGCAAGAUUGGGUUAGCAAUCUAGUAAUAAUAGAAAAAUCUGAUGGUUCACUCAGAUUAUGUAUGGAUCCACAAGACUUAAAUAGGGCUAUCAAGAGGGAUUACGCAUUGAUUCCAACAGUUGAAGAACUUGUUACUAAGUUAUGUAAUAAAACAGUAUUUAGUGUUUUGGACCUAAAAGAUGGAUUUUUUCAAAUGGAAUUGGAUACAAAAAGUAGUGAUUUAUGCACAUUUAAUACUCCAUUUGGCUGUUACAAAUUUUUGAGACUUCCUAUGGGGUUAUCAUGCGCUCCAGAAAUUUUUCAAAAAACAAAUGAGAAGAAUUUUGGGGACAUUCCGGGAGUUUUAAUUUAUUUUGAUGACCUGCUUAUAGCAGGAGAUUCUUUAGCUGAACACGAUGCGAUAUUAGCUAAGGUAAUCAAAAGAGCUCAAGAGCUAAAUGUUAAAUUCAAUAAAAACAAAAUUCAGUACAGAGUUUCAAAAGUCAAGUAUUUAGGUUAUGUUUUCGGGUUAGAAGGCAUGAAACCAGACCCAGACUAUGUAAAAGCUGUAGUUGAUAUGCCCGAACCCACUAAUAAAAAAGAACUUCAGAGAAUACUAGGAAUGAUCAAUUACUUAAGGCAAUUUAUACCACAAGUAUCAACGCUGACAGCACCUUUAAGGGAGUUAUUAAAGCAGGAUACUAAUUGGCAAUGGUUUCCAGCACAUGCAGCAGCUUUAAGUAAGUUAAAGGAAAAAAUUGUUAGCGCUCCUGUUCUGAGUAUUUUUGAUAGCUCCAAAUCCAUUGUAAUACAAGCUGAUAGUUCAAAAGAUGGUUUGGGUUGCUGUUUAUUACAAGAGGGACGUCCAGUCGCGUUUGCAUCUAGAAGUUUAACAAACGCAGAAAAAGGAUAUGCUCAAAUCGAGAAAGAAUUUUUGAGCAUUGUAUUUGCAACAAAUAAAUUCCAUUAUCUGAUUUAUGGGAGACCUGUGGAAGUUCUUACUGACCAUAAACCGUUAGUAUCUAUAAUGAGUAAAAAUGUUGCACAUGUCAUGUCACCUAGAUUGCAGCGCAUGAAGAUAAAAUUACUUAGAUACCAAUUAAAUUUAAAAUAUCUGCCAGGGAAAAAUAUGUAUAUUGCUGAUUUGUUAUCAAGAUCAUUUCUAUCAGAGCCAGUUGCAGAUGAUAGUGAAAUGACAGAACUAGUUCACUGUUUAAAGAAAUAUGUACAAGUUAGUCCUGAUAAGCAGAAAGAAUUUGUUGCUGCUACACUAAAUGAUGAAGGAUUGUCUCAUGUCCUGAGAUUUUGGGUCGAAGGAUGGCCUGAAAGCAAAGUCCAAGUUCCAGAUGAGGCUCGUGAUUAUUUUAAAUGUAGAAAUGAAAUCUGUGUAGAUGGGGGUUUAAUAUUUAUGAAUGACAGAGUUAUUGUUCCAAAAUGUCUCAGAAAUGAAAUGUUAAAUGUGAUUCACACUGCACAUUGUGGAAUUGAAAAAGCAAAAGCAAGAGCCAGACAAGUGAUUUUUUGGCCAGGAAUCAACAAAGAUAUUGAAGUUAUGAUUUCAAAAUGUGAAAACUGUGAUAUGUAUAAAUCUAAAAAUGUCAAAGAGCCUCUUUUGAGUCACGAAGUUCCAAACUUGCCAUAUGAAAAAAUAGGAAUGGACAUAUGUGAGUAUGGGGGUGUAAAUUACUUAGUUGUGGGAUGCUAUUUUUCAAAAUGGUUAGACAUAAUAAGAUUGAGUAACAAAACUGCUAAUGAAAUAAUCCAAAAUUAA